CUGCUCCUGUAUCACACAUCCACAGCUAACCACACCGGCCGACCGCCAGCUAGUUAGCUGCACGUAACAAGAAGAGCAGCAUGGCCUCGAGGAACACCGCCCUCGUGUUCCUCCUGGCACUGCUCCUCUCGUACGUCGCCAUGAGCAGCGCGGCGAGAAACCUGCAGGAGCAGGAGCAGGAGACGGCUCCGCCCACGAUGAAAGAAGAGCCGUCGUCCGCGCCACACCUGACCGUGCCGGGGCUGCCAGACUACGAGCUGCCGCUGAUGCCCAAGUUUGAGCUCCCGCCGUUCCCAGAGAUGCACCUGCCGCCGUUCCCGGGAACGCCGUGGAAGCCGGCGGCGCGUACGCCCACCCUUACCGGGUUCUUCUUCCCACAGCCGGAGCCCGAGGCCAGUCCAUGAGGACUUCUUCGUUGUUCGCUCGAUACUACUGUUGUUGCCGAUUGGAUGAACAGAAGAAAACUCGAGGCAGCAACACAUGCGAGAGAGGAGAGACUCAGUUUGUGCUGCAACUCCCAGCGCAGCGUUUUUUGUUUUCAUUCAUCCUUCUAUGCCUUACUAGUAACAGGACGUGUCCACAAACAUGAAGUUCAAGUGAGUAUAAAAAUUUAAAAUCAUAUUAUUUAA